AUGAUGGCGAGAAGGUCCGCGUCGCGGGGAGGGCAAGCCGGCGCCUUCCCCGCGGCCCUGUCCACGGAGCAUCGCGGAAGCUUCCGCGCGGACGACGCCGAGCGCAAGGCGCACCACCCGUCCCUCCACAAGAUUCCCCGCGGCGCGCGCGUCGUUCUUUUAGCAGGCACCGUUAUAGUCACGCUUCUCGGGUUUUCCGCGUUCGCGUUUUCAGGGUCCUUCCGCCAAGCCCUGCUGAGUCAGCUCCGCCCGUCUUCCGCUAAUCCUUCCGCCGACCUCGCGCUCGAGGUCGAUUCCGCAGCUGUUUCCCGCGGGGAUGCGCAGGUGGCGGAGGAGGGAAUCGGGGAGGCCCGCGCAGCGGAAGGGGAAGCAACUCACCUCAUCGCGGAUUCAGACUCCCUCGCCUGUGCCCUCGUGGUGCGCCGCGCCUGCCACUUCUGGUCGCCUAUCGGCCUCCCCAACCCCUCUUCCUCUGCCUCUGCUGCUGCUGACGGUGCUGCUGAUACUGCUGAUGGUGGUGCCAGUAGUGGCAGUGGGAGUAAAGCCACCACGACCCACGGGCACUACAGUGGGUACUGGUACAGCAUGGACGGCAGGGAUUUGUCUCUUCUGCGCUCCAAUGAUGACGUGUGCAGCCACAGGACCAGGCAACUCCCGAAGCCGUUUUCGCCCAAGAGAUUCGGCACCACAGACAAGGUCCAGGAGAAGAUGGGCAUCUUUCUGUCAGCAGAGCAGCGCGAUCAAAUACUGCAGCAGCAGUGCAAGCUGGGCCACAAGCCGCCAGAGUGGGCAGAUGUGACCUCCCCAGGGAGGCAGCUACCCAGGUACCGCCGGGCAGUGAUGUCACCGCACGACUCGUUCCUGGGGCACUUCUGGGAGCGCGUGGGCGUGCUGGCGGAGCUACUCCUCGCGCUCCAUGAGUCCCUCUCCCUCCCCCCGCCCUCCCCUCCACCCUCCGCCUCUCCCCCUCCUCCCCCUCGUGCUUCGCGCUCCAGUGGGGAUGGUCUGGGCGGUGGGGUGGAUGGGGAGGGGGGAGAGGAGGGAGGUGAUGGGGAAGGGAGGAAUGAUGGUGGUUCCAGUGCUGAUGGCGGCGCUGCUGAUUCUGGUGUUGAGGAGAGUGGGGCAGCAAGAGGAGGGGAGGGAGAGGAAGAAGGGACAGUGGGGGAAGGUUCAGAGGAAAGGGAUGGGGUUGCUGUGUCCAUGGUCACUUCUUCUGCUGGUGCUGCAGAUGCUGCAUCGUUCACCCCAGUGGUGCUGACUCCCUCUCCCCUCACGCACACUGCAGUGAUGUUUGGCACCGACAUUGAUGUCGGCACGUUCGCCGGCAAUCUGAGCCGCAUUCUCUUUGGUGGCGCCACGCCUCUCAUUCCCGGUCGCCGCCUGCACUGGGGGAAUGAGCCCCACCUGUGCUUUGGGGAGGUCAUCUUCCCUCUCCACACCGCUUAUUCCAUGAACGCCACAGAGUAUGUGAGGAGGAAGGCGUAUGCCUGGGCGGACGCCCGACUCACUGCUGCCGUCACUGGCGCCACUGCUGAAGGUGACGUGGCACUAUUGGUGACAUGGCUGUACCGGUCCAAUCGUCGCACCAUCACAAACGUGGGAGACGUGCUGCAGCUGCUCACAGCGCACUUUCGCAUGCCCAUCCACAUUAUCGAACUCUCCGAAUCUACACCGUUCGACCAGGUGGUUCACACGAUGCGGCACACAGCCUUUGCCAUGGGAAUGCACGGCUCGGCCCUCGCGAACCUCAUCUUCCUGCCCUCCGGGGCGUCAGCCCUGGAGCUCAUCCCCUACAAGUACCGCUACUUCCCCUACCUCACCAUCGCACCUCUUUUCAACAUAAACUACCACCAAUGGACCAAUGAGAAGCGCGAAUUCGCGUCAUUCGACGAUGGGUGUUUUGAAGGGAAGUGGGCGAAGCUGAGUCCGUCGGACUGUUGGAAGUUAAAGCCGUGCUUGCGCUGUGUGCGGGACCAUGCGCGCACGCAUGUGGAUCCUGAGAGCAUUGGGCCUGUGCUUGCUGAUAUUGGACGAGAGGUGCGCAUAUGGAUUGGCAUGUAUGGUCUUCCUGGUUCCUGA